UUAUUACAAAAUAUUUUUUAUCUCGUACAAUGGUGUAUUUUCCUCCUCUCUCUUUUUUUUUUUUGAAUCAUUUUCUUAUUCCAUUAUUAACAUGUUUAGUUGUUCUUUGCACUUUGUACAGGGACUGUUUUCUUAUAACAAGUAUCUUUGCUUCUUAUAAGGAGGGUACAUGCCACUGGUUGACUAGUGAAGAAAAACUUGGAUAUAAUGGGAAUCGGUUCUCGAAGUUCUACCAAUAGAAAACCAAGUGAUAGUAUGAGGCUUAUUAUGACAACUUUUGUUGGAAUAGUUUUUGGCUUCUUUAUCGGAGUAUCAUUUCCAGUAUUGACUACAAAGUUGAAUCUCCCAUCCAGCCUGCUUCCUGCCAUUGAUAUUUCUUACAUUCAAGAGAAAUAUACAUGUGGCAAUGCACCGUCUUUUGUGAAGAAUAAUAACAACAUCUCACCAAAGCAUCAAUUAAUAAAUGAUACAUUGAAGAUAUGGGUUCCAUCAAAUCCAAGAGGUGCAAAAAGAUUACUUCCUGAGAUUAUUGAAGCUGAGACGGACUUAUAUUUGCGUAGAUUGUGGGGUCAGCCCAGUGAGGAGUGUAUCCUAAAACAAUUUUCUUUUUCCUUUUUUUUAUUCUAUUUUUGGGAGUGUAUGGGGGUUGAAACAUAGAAAAAAUAUAUUUAAGAAUUUUUUCGCUCU